AUGCGAUUCAAAUGCGUAUGUAAAAAAUGGCAGUCUAUAAUCAAGGAUGAUAGAUACUUCAUUGAUUUGUACAAUACUAGAUCAAAGUUACGCCCAUGUCUCGUCUUAUUUAUUCCGAUACAUCGAAAAUUUAAUAUUACUCCUGGAUCAACUUACACCUUAUAUAGGCGGUUCCAAGCGAAUCUGUUGAUAGCUGAUUUGUGUGAGGGAGUAGCAGAAGAAGCUGCCACAACUCCUCAUAAUGUUUGGAAGACAACUUCAAUUAAAUUUGAUAAAGUUAUUCAUAAAGAAAGAGUAGGUUAUGAUGGAAUUUUUAAAUCGGUAAACGGUUUGAUCUGUUUCACUGAUACAACAUGGGAAUUCGGUGUUCGUAUAUACAAUAUCGCUACCCGAGAGUUGACACCAUGGAUGUCAACAACAUUCAUACAAAAAGAAGAGAGAGUUGUUCCUGAAUUUGACUUUGGAUUUGAUCCUGCCACUAAGCAGCAUAAAGUGAUUUGUUUCUGGAAAAUAGAAAGAAAUUACGGAAGAAAAGAUUCUUAUCCAGUUUAUGCAGGUUGCGAGGUGUUGACUCUUGGGGAUAAUACAUGGAGAAUUAUCAAUAUUGAUGAAUUCCCACAACACGAACAUGAACAUGAUUCUUAUUUUAGCACAUAUGGUUUUGUUUAUGUGAAUGGUUAUAUCUAUUGGACGACGAGGCGGCUAGUUUAUGGUUGUCGCCCCGAGAAAAGAGUCAUAGUUGCAUUUGACGUGGGAAGUGAGAAGUUCAAGAUAAUCCUCGUCCCUAAAUUCAUAACUGAUCAGUUGUUAUCGCUGCAUGAUACGGAAUACAUAGAUUUCUUUAAUUCGUCUAAGGAUUUACUUGAAGUGAAUGACCGUGUAGCUCUAUUUUGUAGAGUACCUGGUGGGCAUACUGUCAAGCUAUGGAUACUUGAUUGUGAUCACACUUCAAGUUGCAGCCAAAACUGGACUGAAACUACAAUUGACUUACCUUUUCAAGGGGACAACAAAAGAGUGGUCGUCUUUCAUGGGAUUCCAGGAACAGACGAAAUAAUCAUAGAAACAUACGAAGAUAGCCGAAGUAUAAAAGGUCUCUCCCUCACGUCUUACAACUGGAAAAGCAUGACUUCUAGGAAGGUUGAAUCCGCUGAGCUUAAUCAUUUCAAUUCUCCAAAGAAACCCAGCGAACGAGGAGUAUUUAUGUGUUCAACUAUGACCGAAAGCCUUUUUUCUGUUUAUAAAAAGUAA